AUGGCUGACGACAGACCUACGCCGAGGGAUGAGGAUAUCCCUGGCGGUUAUCCCGUGACGCCCAGUGUUAACUCAAUUGAUCAAUUGACGCCGAUGGGUAAUGCUGCUGAUAGACUCGAGGCUGGAUUUGGGUUUCCGGACAAUUCGGCUGGGAAUCACACCUACAACUAUGUCACGGCUGAUACUGGGCACGGCACUUCAGCGGCGCCGGCGGCAAUUGGUGCUGCGGCUGCAGGGGGCUAUCUAGCAUCUCAGCAGCCCCAAGCUGCAACCCCAGUUCAACAGUCAUACAACCACGAUAACAACACGCUGCCCAACUCUCAAAACAACACUGCAUCUCAACACCAGCACGAAACUGCACCCAUCGCUGCACCAAUCUUAGGCCGCAACUCAUCCUCCAGCACAAUCCUCCCCCGCGAAACAUCAAUCGACACCCGCAACCAUGCCCCUACCAAAGAAGCGCACUCACCACCCGACGCAUCCCCCGACGAACCUAUCUUCGCACCCAUAAAGUCGAACACCGAGAACCCCGAGAAACCUCCCCUCGAGAAGCGAAACUCGCGCCGCACCGAAGAAGACCUCUUCCGCGUGCUGUCGCGCCGCAAGACAAACGCCAGCACCCCCGCCGAGAAGGACAACGAGAAUGAAGACAAUGAGGAGCUCGACAGGCUCAUGUCGCGUAUCUUUGGCCAGAAGCGCCAGGAGCAGAGCGAGGAGGAGAAGACCCGCCACAGCGGUGUUAUCUUUCGUGGGCUGACCGUCCGUGGUGUCGGCCUGGGAUCUAGUCUCCAGCCUACAGUGGGGGAUUUCUUCAUGGGCCUUCCGCGCAAGCUGGGGAAGCUUUUCACCCAAGGUCCUAAAGCUGCGCUCGCCAAACCGCCUGUUCGCGACCUCAUCAGCAACUUCGAUGGCUGCGUGCGGCCGGGCGAAUUGCUUCUUGUGCUGGGUCGUCCUGGUGCGGGGUGUAGUACGUUCCUCAAGACCUUCUGCAACCAGCGCGCAGGCUUCGAAUCUGUCGAAGGAGAGGUUACAUACGGCGGCACCGAUGCGGGAACCAUGGCGAAGGACUUCCGUGGUGAGAUCAUCUACAACCCCGAGGACGAUCUUCACUAUGCGACGCUGUCUGUCAAGCGCACCCUUACCUUCGCUCUGCAGACACGCACGCCUGGAAAGGAAUCCCGACUAGAGGGCGAGACACGACAGGACUACGUCCGCGAGUUCCUCCGUGUCGUCACCAAGCUCUUCUGGAUUGAGCACACCCUCGGCACAAAGGUUGGCAACGAGUUCAUCCGCGGUGUAUCAGGCGGAGAGAGAAAGCGAGUCUCCAUUGCCGAGGCGAUGAUUACUCGUGCUUCGGUGCAGGGCUGGGAUAACUCGAGCAAAGGUUUAGACGCCAGCACAGCUGUCGAGUACGUCAGGUCCAUCCGGGCAAUGACCAACAUGGCCGACACCUCCACCGCUGUAUCCCUGUACCAAGCCGGCGAGCAGCUCUACGACCUCGUCGACAAAGUCCUCCUCAUCGACCAGGGCAAGUGUCUGUACUACGGUCGCUCGGAGGAUGCGAAGAAGUACUUCCUCAACCUCGGCUUCGACUGUCCCGAGCGAUGGACCACGGCCGACUUCCUCACUUCCGUGACGGACGAGCACGAGCGCAGCAUCCGCGACGGCUGGGAGAACCGUAUUCCACGCACGCCGGAGGACUUCUCUGAUGCGUACCGCCGCAGCGAGGAUUACCAGAAGAACCUGCGCGACAUUGAAGACUUCGAGCGUGAGCUUCAAACUCUUGCCGAAGAACGUCGUUCGCACGAGUCGGAGAAGAGCAAGAAGAAGAACUACGAGAUCUCCUUCCUCAAGCAAGUCACAGCAUGUACGCACCGUCAAUUCCUCGUCAUGUUCGGCGACAAGGCGUCUCUCUUCGGAAAAUGGGGUGGACUCUUGUUCCAAGGUCUCAUCGUCGGUUCUCUCUUCUUCAACCUCCCCAACACAGCCGCGGGCGCUUUCCCCCGUGGCGGUGCGCUGUUCUUCCUGCUCCUCUUCAACGCCCUGCUCGCGCUGGCCGAACAGACGGCCGCGUUCGAGUCAAAGCCCAUUCUCCUCAAGCACAAGUCCUUCUCGUUCUACCGCCCCUCGGCGUUCGCCAUUGCGCAGACGGUGGUGGACGUGCCGCUUGUGUUUAUCCAGGUCAUCAUCUUCAAUGUGCUCAUCUACUUCAUGGCCAACCUCGCUCGCACAGCGUCGCAGUUCUUCAUCUCUAACCUCAUCCUUUGGUUGGUGACCAUGGUGACGUAUGCCUUCUUCCGCGCCAUCUCUGCGUGGUGUGGCACGUUGGAUGUCGCGACGAGAUUUACGGGUGUUGCUAUUCAGAUCCUUGUUGUGUAUACCGGUUAUCUUAUCCCGCCUUCCUCGAUGCACCCGUGGUUUGGAUGGUUGCGAUGGAUCAACUGGAUCCAGUACGGCUUUGAGUGUCUCAUGGCUAAUGAGUUUGCUUAUCUGGAUCUCGAAUGUGAAGCGCCUUACCUUGUCCCCCAGGGCCCCAACGCUCGGCCUCAGAACCAGGGAUGUACACUCGCAGGCGCAUCCCCCGGCUCGACCACUGUGUCCGGCGCUGCAUACAUCGAGCAGUCUUUCACCUACACCCGUUCUCACCUGUGGCGCAACUUUGGCUUCCUCUGGGCAUUCUUCAUCUUCUUUGUCUUCCUCACCGCUCUCGGCAUGGAACUCAUGAAGCCCAACGUCGGAGGCGGUGCCAUCACUGUCUUCAAGCGUGGCCAAGUCCCCAAGAAGGUUGAGGAGUCGAUUGCGACUGGUGGUCGUGCCAAGGGCGAUAAGCAUGACGAGGAGUCUGGCAAGGGCAACCCUGUGGCUACUGGUGACGCUGAGCGUACCAAGAGUGAUGAACAGGUAACUCAAGAGGUUGCCAAGAACGAGACUGUCUUCACCUUCCAGAACAUCAACUACACCAUCCCCUUCGAGAAAGGCGAGAGGAAGCUUCUACAAGACGUCCAAGGUUACGUCCGCCCCGGAAAACUAACUGCUCUCAUGGGCGCUUCCGGUGCCGGCAAAACAACACUGCUCAAUGGUCUCGCCCAACGUCUCAACUUCGGCACCAUCACUGGUGAUUUCCUCGUCGACGGCCGUCCCCUUCCCAAGUCCUUCCAGCGCGCCACCGGUUUCGCCGAACAGAUGGACAUCCACGAACCCACCGCCACCGUCCGCGAAGCCCUUCAAUUCUCUGCCCUUCUGCGUCAGCCUAAGGAAGUCCCCAAGAAGGAGAAGAUGGCUUACUGCGAGACCAUCAUCGAUCUGCUUGAGAUGCGCGACAUUGCCGGCGCCAUUAUUGGAACCGUUGGACAAGGCCUCAACGCUGAGCAACGCAAGCGCUUGACCAUUGGUGUCGAGUUAGCCUCCAAGCCUGAACUGCUCAUGUUCCUCGACGAACCUACCUCUGGUCUUGACUCCGGCGCAGCCUUCAACAUCGUCCGUUUCCUCCGGAAGCUCGCCGACGCAGGCCAAGCUGUCCUUUGCACCAUCCAUCAACCCUCAGCCGUCCUCUUUGAGAACUUCGACGAGCUCCUCCUCCUCAAGUCGGGCGGCCGCGUCGUCUUCCACGGUCCUCUUGGUCAUGACUCGGAGAACCUGAUCAACUACUUCGAGUCCAACGGCGGCCCCAAGUGUCCUCCUGAAGCCAACCCCGCUGAGUACAUGCUCGAUGCUAUCGGCGCUGGAAACCCCGACUACGAUGGUCAAGACUGGGGCGACAUCUGGGCCGACUCCUCCGAGCGCCAGAAGCGAUCGCAGGAGAUUGAAGAGAUGACUGAAACUCGUCGCAACGUCGAACCUUCAAAGAGUCUCAAAGACGAUCGCGAAUACGCCAUGCCGCUGUCGACACAGACAUGGGCCGUCGUCCGCCGCAGCUUCAUUUCGUACUGGCGCUCUCCAGAUUACAUCUUCGGCAACAUGAUGCUGCACGUCGCGACGGGUCUUUUCAACUGCUUUACCUUUUACAAGAUCGGCUUUGCAUCUAUCGACUACCAGAAUAGACUCUUCUCCAUUUUUAUGACCCUCACCAUCAGCCCCCCUCUUAUCCAGCAGCUCCAGCCCGUGUUCCUCAAAUCCCGCCAGAUCUUCCAGUGGCGAGAGAACAACGCCAAGAUCUACAGCUGGUUCGCGUGGACAACCGCCGCCAUCGUCGUCGAGAUCCCCUACCGUAUCGUCGCAGGCGGUAUAUACUUCAACUGCUGGUGGUGGGGUGUCUUUGGCUGGCGCGCGUCGAGCUUCACAUCCGGCUUCGCUUUCCUCCUCGUCCUCCUCUUCGAGCUCUACUACGUCAGCUUCGGCCAAGCUAUCGCCGCUUUCGCACCCAACGAGCUCCUGGCCUCUCUCCUCGUUCCCAUCUUCUUCCUCUUCGUCGUGUCCUUCUGCGGUGUCGUCGUCCCGCCCCAGGGCCUGCCCACCUUCUGGCGCGAGUGGAUGUACUGGCUCACGCCCUUCCACUACCUCCUCGAAGCCUUCCUGGGCGUUGCCAUCCACGACCAACCUGUGCGAUGCGAGGAGGGAGAAUUCGCGCGAUUCGAGCCCCCAACCGGUCAAUCGUGCGACGAGUACGUGCAGCCGUUCAUCCAGAGGGCUGGAGGAUAUGUCGAGACUGGCUCAGAUGGCUACUGUGAGUUCUGCCAGUAUGCCACCGGUGACGAGUUUGGCGCCGGGUUCAGUGUUUUUUACCGUAAUAUCUGGCGGGAUUUUGGCAUUUUCUGCGCAUUCAUUGCGUUUAAUUACUUUAUUGUUUAUGUGGCUACGUGGAUGCGCUUCCGCGGGAAGAACCCGUUCAAGGGACUGUUGCAGAAGCGAAAGUCUUGA